GUGGACUUCACACAAGUUUCAUUGCACUUUAAACAGCGUUUAAAGCAACCUUAAAACAGACUUUCAGUCAGUCAAACUGCCUACUUUUACCAAGCAUGGAGCGCUCUAAGCAGACACAACCGAAAGAAAGUGAGAAAGAAACGGCAAGUAUGAAUGGACUGCACUUUGACGCGCGAGGAAAGAUGCCCGGCUGGAGCGCGGGAGGCACCGGUGAGGACGCGAGAGCCGCGACCUCCUCCGUGAUGGAGAGCUGGCGGGAAGAGCGCACUCGCAGCGUGGAGGACAACGAGAUGAGUCUACCGAGCAUCGCCGCCGCUUACACGACAAUCCUCCGGGGUCUCGGUGAGGAUCCUCAGCGGCAGGGGCUUCUCAAAACCCCGUGGAGAGCCGCCACGGCCAUGCAGUUCUUCACCAAAGGCUAUCAGGAAAAAAUCAUCGAUGUCCUGAACGACGCAAUAUUUGAUGAAGAUCAUGAUGAGAUGGUGAUCGUUAAAGAUAUUGACAUGUUUUCCAUGUGUGAACAUCAUCUUGUUCCCAUUUUUGGUCGGGUACAUAUAGGUUACCUUCCAAACAAGAGGGUUCUUGGUCUAAGUAAACUGGCACGGAUUGUUGAAAUAUACAGUAGAAGACUGCAAGUUCAAGAGCGAUUGACUAAACAGAUUGCCGUGGCGAUCACUGAAGCACUACAGCCUGCUGGUGUCGGGGUUGUUAUUGAAGCAACUCACAUGUGCAUGGUCAUGAGGGGAGUUCAGAAAAUGAACAGCAAGACGGUGACCAGCACCAUGUUGGGUGUCUUCAGAGAGGACCCCAAAACACGAGACGAGUUCUUGACCCUGAUCAGGAGCUGAGAGGAUUCGUCCCCACCCUCCACUGCCAAAACACUCAGACCAGCCCUCUUCUCAAAUGCCUCGCUGGACCUCUUUGGUUCUGCCCUCAGAACAGACACUGCUGCUGUGUCCUGCUCGUCUGUGGGGUGGUUACCUCGGUAAAUCCAUCUCUACUGUUUUAUGUGUGUGUCAGUGGUUGAGGUUUUGUGCUUUGUGGUUCAUCAGGUGUCAAGACUUGACUGUGAAACUGUCAAGCACCAAACCCACUAAAACGUGUUUACGUCUCUUUCCUGUCGGGUCACAUUUGCGCUCUAUUAAACGCAAUUGAGUGGCGUAAGAAAGAGGUUUUAUUUUCACGGGAGGUACUUUGUGUCAUUCUGAUAAUUCUGACUAUAAGAAAAAAAAACAUCUAUACCGUUACAAAAAGUGAGGGCAUUGGGUGGUAAUACUAUGGUACUGAAUGAUUGCCCUAUUAUUCACAUACAUGGUACUCCAAGGAAUUUCAAAGAUUACCAUAGUAUUACCAAAAAAAAUUAACAUUGUACCAUUGUCUAAAAUGCAUGGUACUGAACGAUUAUCCUAUUCAAAUACUAUGAUAGCCAUAUACCAUUAUAUUAUUUAUUAUUAUCAUUGUAUUGAUUAUCAUGGUGCAUUAUUAAAGUUUUUAACGCUAUGCUAUGUAUUAGUGCAAUUCUGUCCAGACUCAAUGUAUCACCUGUUCUUAUGCUUAAAGAGGCAGUGUUUAUUUCAACCCAGUAUUUACAUCCUAACAUGUUUUGUGUGCAACGUUGUUACUUUUUAAUUCAGCUGUCUGAAAUGUGUUGGAUGUUGAUUGUUAUAGUGAUGACCGGAUCCAGCCUUUUAAAUGUUCUGUCUUAAUGUGAUAGAUGUUGUUUACACUCUGAAGGUUAUCUUUAUUUUUAUUUGUUGGAAAAACGACCAAAGGUAAGAGGUGCAGUUAAAGGUGCAAUGUGGGGGUUUUAGCGGCAUCUAGCGGUGAGAUUGUGAAUUGCAACCAGCGUUUCAGUCCACAGUUCACCCCUAGAUACAAAUGACUCAUUUUACUGAAAUAAAAAAUAAACAGUUCAUUAUGUAAGGUCUUUAUAGACCACUGAUAAUAUAGUUAUGUAUAUUAUAUUGAAUUUCUGUCAAGAGAUCCUUCUUAAUGUCCCACAUUGCACCUUUAAGGUCAAUAUAGUCGAUUUUGCACAUUUUGAGAGAUAAAUACUUAAUUCCCGAUGACAAGAUUUCCAAGUACUACAUUAAGUGUGUGUAUGUGUGUGUUGAUAAAAAAAAAGUGAACUUAGGAUUUACAAACUUGAUAAAAAUAUGAAGGAAACCUAUAAUAAAAGUGAAGAUAUUCUACAUUUGUAGAGGAUAUUUUGUACAUUUACUCUGACACGUUUACUCUUCUUCUGGUUCUCAUUAUACGAGUGUUUUGAAUUACAGUAGAAUAUUAACAAUAUAAAUAUGUAUUAUUUUAGAAAAAUAUAUAUUAUCAAAAAAAUACUGGUUGUAAUGCUUGUGUAUUCAUUUUUUGUAUUUGAAAAAUGUCUAUCAAUUUUGAUGUUCUUGUGACUUCAGAUGAGAACAGUGUCUGAGAUCUUUCAUUGUCACGUUCACUUCAAAGCAGUCGAUUCAUUAAGAAAAUAAGGACUUUGCUAACUCUAACUUAGUGUUAUUAAUGUGGCCUUCUUUGUAGGACUCAAUGCGCCUUUCAGAUACUUCAUACAGUACUUUACAAUUGAUGUAUCGCCAUCUUCAGCUUAAAUAAAUCUAAACAUGUCAAAUGUGUAA